AUGUCCCCUGUCGAUACCCUAAGUUCGAUGUCUCGGAUGACAAACGCUUCAAGCAGCUUGGAAAGUCAAGCAGCAAGUACAGUUGAGCAGACAGAUAAUGGAGAAGUCAGACCAGAUCCCGGAUUCCAGGAGACUGCUGAAUAUGGCAGGGGUAAAUUAUUGGAGCUUGCCGCCUGGAAGGACAAGGACCCAACACAUAUCCUCUUUCGUCGACAUGUUGAAAAUGGUAGUUUGUGCGUGGAUUUGGAAGCAAACUACCUGGAAAGAGAUGCAGCCGUUUAUAGAAAAAAGAUAGAGUCGGAUGACAAGGACCUCGAGGAAUAUCAUGAGAGGUUCAUGGUAAGGCUCAGUCGCUUUUAUCAGUUCGGAUACCAAUUCAGCAAGAUCAUGGAGCUUGAUGAGCCAAGUGGGGUUUUCUUAAAUAACUCGCUAUUUCUUGCGAGACAGAAAUGGGGGGAAGAAAAAGGAAUUCACCUCAGAGCAAAGAACGAAGACUGGGCCUCUCUUUACAAGACAGACAAGCCGGAUCAGUGGAUCCGCUACCUGAUUCACCAUCCCUUAUCUCUCCGUAUCAUGAGGGACAUGAACUUCGCAUCGAACGAAGGUGGUAUCACGAUCACACUCGUCUCGGAAAGAUAUGCUAGCACCAGUUGCUAUAUUGACACUUAG